GAGUUGAUUCAAUGUUUAAACCCGGGGGGACUUGCACUACAGGAGGUUACUGGAGUGCAGAGUGCCCGACUCCUAUUUUCAGCAAGAUGCCUUAUUUUGCAAAACUCCUGUUAUUAACCUUUUGCUUAGUUCUUCUUGUGGAAAGCAAAAAACACAGGAGGCGGCGGUGGACAAGCCAGCUGGAGGUGCAGAGGGCAAGUCACAUCUAUAAGAAGAAUCAUGACGUGACCAAAUCCUGGAAAGGAAAGACGGAGCAGCUUCUCAGAGUCGACGACCAUGACUUCACCAUGCGGCCGGCUUUUGGAGGCCCUGCAAUUCCUGUUGGGGUGGAUGUGCAAGUUGAAAGCUUGGACAGUAUUUCUGAGGUUGACAUGGAUUUCACUAUGACUCUGUACUUAAGGCACUACUGGAAGGAUGAGCGUCUCUCGUUUCCCAGCACCACCAACAAGAGCAUGACCUUUGACGGCAGGCUGGUGAAGAAGAUCUGGGUCCCUGAUGUCUUCUUCGUGCAUUCCAAAAGGUCCUUCAUUCACGAUACCACCACGGACAACAUCAUGCUGCGAGUGUUCCCCGACGGUCAUGUCCUCUACAGCAUGAGGAUCACAGUCACAGCAAUGUGCAACAUGGACUUCAGCCACUUCCCCCUGGACUCUCAGACGUGUUCUCUGGAGCUGGAAAGCUAUGCUUACACUGAUGAAGAUCUGAUGCUGUAUUGGAAAAAUGGGAAUGAAUCUCUGAAAACUGAUGAAAAGAUUUCUUUGUCUCAGUUUUUGAUACAGAAAUUCCACACUACAUCAAGGCUGGCUUUCUACAGCAGCACAGGUUGGUACAAUCGCCUCUAUAUAAACUUCACUUUACGUCGACACAUCUUCUUCUUCUUGCUCCAGACCUACUUCCCCGCCACCCUCAUGGUCAUGUUGUCCUGGGUGUCCUUCUGGAUCGAUCACCGAGCAGUUCCUGCCAGAGUCUCUUUGGGGAUAACCACUGUGCUGACCAUGUCCACGAUCAUCACUGGGGUGAACGCCUCCAUGCCUCGUGUUUCCUACAUCAAAGCAGUGGACAUUUACCUGUGGGUCAGUUUUGUGUUUGUAUUCCUCUCGGUGCUGGAAUACGCAGCAGUGAAUUACCUGACUACGGUGCAAGAGCGGAAGGAGAGAAAACUGCAGGACAAGUUUCCAUGUACGUGUGGAAUACCUCAUUCAAAAACCAUGAUGCUGGAUGGAAACUACAGCGAAUCUGAUGCCAACAGCCUGGCAGGAUAUACAAGAAACCAGAUGGUCCCAGAGGAAGAAAAACAAGAAAAGAUGGUUGUGCACUUAGCUAUGAGCAAUGAAUCUCAUUCAUCAAGGAAGAGAGGCCUGAAGGGCCAUGUGGGCUUGCGCAUCAUCCAGAACAGUCAUGCAAUUGAUAAAUACUCAAGAUUAAUAUUUCCAGGCACCUAUAUAUUUUUUAAUUUGAUAUAUUGGUCUGUCUUUAGCUAAGCAUGCUGACACAGCAGUGACUGAAGCAGAAGACAUUUACAAAGCUCUCUUUUGUUGGUUCUUUUUCAGUCUAAUCUGGAUGCAAAGCCAGAAAACUGAUUAUUUUAUUGCUUCUUUGGAGGGUAAAUGGGAGGACACAUCCUCCAGUGGGCACUCCAUGCACAGACAUCAUGGAGGAACCUGCUGCGCUGGUUGCUUUCCAACCCACACCCCAGCUCCCAUUUGCUUUAUGACACAUGUCGUUUCUCAUACUUGAAA